AAACACGCCCAUCUACAGUUCGCAUAGUUACAGGUUAUCAUGGCGUAUACCUUCAGUUGAAGUACAGAUGUGCGUGGAAUUAUAUAGGCGUUAGUGGUGUGAUUGUUACAAUAUCUUAUAUUUUGUUGCUAAUGCAGUGCUUUUUACGUAAACUUCAACCUUGUAUUUCUUUAAGGUAUGAAAUCACGUAAUGCCGAAACGAAAUAUUUCUUCUGUGGAAUUUAGAUUUUCAUAAACCCGAAAACAUUGUCGCUAAGGUAUCUAAUCAUUAGAAUAAAAAAAUCGUGCAGAACUUUGCAUCCGGGAAGUGACCCCGAGGACCUGACUAUACAUCCGAAUACAUUAAACUCUGUUUUCCUCACUAAAUAGGGGACUACGUCGAAUACGUUUCUGCGCGCAUUCUUUUGAAUACUAACCCUGACGAGGAAAUGGACCGAAUCUACGUCGACGAAGAAACCGGCGAGAGUAUUAUUGUUCCAGCUUCCGAAUCUGAGAUUCAACAACUUGUCAGUUCGAUAAAUAACGCCGAAACGGGAGAGCCGGAGAUAAACGUGAUUGGAACUGCCAAAAGUCGAAGAAUACGUUUUCAGAUACCAAAAGAAGUGAAGGAAACUUUAUCAACUAAAGAUGGCUCCUUAAAGAAAAGCGAGAAUCUAAUGGAUUUGGAGCCUGUUCCCGUUGGAACGUCGUUUGGCCAAGUAAAUCCAAUUUGUUUGUUCUUCCUGACUGUUCUAUGUUUCCGUUGGUUCUUGCCUGUAUUGAUGUUCUUUGAGAUGUCGUUGCACGUUUGGGCUCAUCACAAAAAUAAAACGUUGAAGGAUGCCAAUGUUUACUUUCGUUCUCCGUUUCACGGGAUAUCAUCUGAAUUUUGCGCACUAUGUCAAAAUGAGACAUGUAUGAACCGUGUUGACAAAAUGCAGCAAAUACGUAUGCACAAAUUUUUACGAGAAUGUAAUUAUAUGAAAAGAGUAGUAACGUGAAAAUGUCAUCGUUGUUACGAAGUAUCGCUGCGAAUAUUAAUUGAAGUUAUUUUUUGUCCGAAAUACUGAAUAAAAUUGAACUCACAAUGAAAAAACGGAAGAAUAAAACAUUCCAUAUCGCCUUAAUAAAAACAUAUCGUAUUAAAUCUAUUUUACUAUUUUACUAUUAAGAAAGUAACAACUUUGCUCAUAAUAUCUAUUAAUUUAGAUUUUAUUGCUCUAAGUUAAUUAAAUUU